AUGAUGGCCGGUUCAAAAUUUGCGGUCCUGACGUGGAUAUGGAUAUGGAAGCGGAGGGAGAUCAACGUUGUUUAUUACCAAGAAAUCCACUUCUUCCAACGUCUUCGCAAAGUCACUCCUGCGAGGAAGAAACGCGUUGAGAGUUCGUCCGAAGAGGAAUCGUCCUCGGAGAGCUCGUCAGAGGAUGAGACCCCCAAGAAGUCGAGGAAGAAGAAGAAGGCUUCCGCAAAGAAGAGCAAGAAAGACGCCUCAUCGUCUGAAGAAUCGUCUUCCUCGGACGAUGAGGAUGUUGUUGAGAUCAAGGAGAUUGCUCCAUCCAACAAUGUUGUUAAUUUGGCCGAUGAGUUGAUUGCAAUUGCCAACCAAUUUGCCGUCUCUAAUGCCAACCAAACCAAGAUCCUCGAUAUGUUGGGAAAUAUUUUUGCCAAAAUGGAAGUUCGCGAGCGUAAGAACGAAGUUGACGGAGAUAUUCUCGAGACCAUCGACCGGGUCGUUGAUCGCAAUGGGACCAUUACCAUUGGAACUGGCACCGGACAGGCCCACCGCUUCGAAUCUAUUGAUAAUCUCAGAGUGGAAUUUGGAAAACUUGUAGACCAGUCCGGCUUCUCCAAAAUUGUCGACGAUUCGCAAUAUGAGAGAGACAAUGGGGAGAACGAAACUCUCGCCGCCGCCAUUUAA